AUGGAACACAGAGCUUCUAACACGAAUCAGGUGAAAUACAGAGGUGUACGGAAGCGUCCAUGGGGGAAAUAUGCUGCGGAGAUACGUGACUCGGCUAACCACGGUGCUCGUGUCUGGCUUGGGACGUUUAACACAGCGGAAGACGCGGCUCGGGCCUACGAUAGAUCCGCUUUUUCUAUGAGAGGCCACAAGGCCAUUCUCAAUUUCCCUCAUGAGUACCCAAUGAUGAGGGAUGGUCCAAGUGGUGAUGGCGAGAAUGCGGGGGCUUCUUUGUCGUCAGAGUUUAGUGAAAGAGACGGUGGUGGCGGGAAGGAAGUGAUUGAGUUUGAGUAUUUAGACGAUAGUUUGUUGGAAGAGCUUCUAGAGUGUGGAGAGAGUUAUAACCAAGACGUUUGGUAA